AUGAUCGACCAUUGUAUAAAGCUCUCUGAGACGCUCGAUGAUACACAGGCUCAGUCCGACGGUGGAGGGGAGCGGGUCAGGCCUUUGGCCGUCAAGCGAUCGUGCCUCGAUUCUUACAUGCGAGAUCAGAUUUUUGUUUUUGAAGAACUUGGACGUCUGGGGAAUACCAGUGACCAUCAGCAUUUCAGAGGCGAGAUGACCGAGUUGACAGAGGAUCGGCGAUAUUGGACACUUCAUACGGAGACAGCACACUGGGUGUGUCGAGAAACGCUAUUCGCGGAAUGA